CAUCCACCGUUUGACCGCUUUUCUUAUCGUGGCAGACCGGAUGUGCUGGAAAGCCAGCUCGUAUCCGCUUUCCGGGCGGCCGCAUCACUUCCCGACACCGAAACACUGGACCUUCGCCAGCCAUCGCUCUCCCCGUUGGAUGACGCUCAUCAGCAGCAACAACACUAUCAUCACCAUCAUCAUCAUCAGCAGCAGCAGCAGCAGCACCAUCAUCCACAUCCGUUGUCUCUAUCGGAUUACUCCCGGAAGCGUUCGCACCGUCACCUCGCGGAGUUGCCCAAUUUCUUUGCCUCUCCCAGCCAUGCACCGACCGGUGCUGGGGAACUAGGUGCACCCGGAGCGGCACCGGAACCACAACACGGUGCUCGCAAAAAGCCAAAAUUCUCGAACGCCGCCGCCGCAGCAGCAGCGGCCGUUGCGGCCAACUACUACGACAAUGCAUAUCUUUCGUUCGAGAAGAGUCUCCGGGGUGCUUUCGGGGGCUCCGGGGAUCCGAUGGGGGUGUCCGCACUGCUCGAUGGACACCCGGCCGCCGGGACACUGGAUCCGUACGGCCAUCAUCUGCUGAGCCCGAUUAACUAUACGCUCACGGCGGAAGCUAUCAACCGACGGAUCCGCAGUACGCUUGGACUAGACGAUCCGACGGAACUGGGAGUGCCUCGGGAACGAGGCACUUCUACGUCGGCCAAGGCCACACCGGAAGCGGGUGGCGGUGAGUGUUGUACGACUGCCCCAAGUCCGGAUUGGAUGCGACGCGGCUCGAGUGUCGCUGGUCCAACCGGUCUGGUUCUAGGGGACCCCGGAGGUUAUGGCCACAGUCCAGUCGGACCCGGCACGCCACCGAUUACGGCGUACGAGGAGCACAAGUUUGCGGCUCACUUCUCUCCGGUUCCACCGGCAGGCACAUUGCACGAUGACAACAACAACGUGGACAAGAAACCGACGUUCCAGGAGUAACUGUCCGGCUGUAGCGCGGCCCCAAGGUAAGUAGAUCCCGGGGCAAGACAUUAAUCAGCAGUAGCCGCCCUGGGCAGGGACCCUUGUAGUACAGAAAACACAGAACUGAGAACUGGAGUAUGAAUGCUGGAUAGGAUGAGAUUAGGAUUUCCAAAUUUUGUGACAAACGGCACACUCGUGAACUGCUUGCUGACCUCUUGAAGCCCCCGCACGAAAGUGUGCCCCGCGCUGAUCGCCUACAUUAAGUUACGAACCUUUUUACGCCACCUUUUGGAACACAUGACCAUGUCAAGUAACGAAACGGAGCCCACGAACUAGCGGUCUUGGAAUAUUGACUGAGCUCUUGUUGAAAUGUAGAAUUAAGCCACACGAUGGAUACCCUUAAAAAUUGCUCUUCUAUUCUAAUUGUUACUCAACUUCUUUUCAAAUUGGAUAAAUGAUGAGAUGUGAAGGGACUUAUUAUUUGUUUUCUUAAAUGAGUUUGGACAUUUAUGUUAAUUUUUUUUGUUUCAAACUUCAUAUAAAGUAGUUUUAACAUUUGAAAACAACUCUACUGAUACUGAGUCCCUUCCAAAGAUAAUCAAAACUACUGGAAAAGAAAAAAAGACACAGAAAUGUCUGUGCUAGAAAGAAGCAAAACCUUGGUGAUUAUUCUAGACUGAUUAGAUAAUAUACGAACACAUCGGUAUAUACACUAGUGGCGCGAUCGGCAACGGAAUGGGUUUUGCAGGCGCCCCAAUCGGCUAGGAUCUGUGGCGGUGAAACAGCGGUUAAUCGGAAUCGGACGAGCAAAAAAACGCAUUCAAAACAUUAUACACAUACAUACGUAUAUUAUGGUAGAGGUACCGUUAGGGCGCGUCCUUGUGGCGUAGGCAAACUUAAAACAGCGAAUCCCCCGUAAUAAAUGCAAAUCACUUCCCCGAGCUAGACGCUAGAGUGUUGCGAAACCGUUCGCAUAUAUUGGAC